AUGUCUUCGAUAUCACCAAUCUCGCUCAUUGUUUCCAUAACCUUCUUCUUCUCUCUUCUUCUUUGUUCCUCCUCGGCCCAAACCGUCGUCAAAGCUUCGUACUGGUUUCCAGAGAGUGAAUUUCCGGUCACCGACAUUAACUCAACUCUCUUCACUCACCUCUUCUGCGCAUUCGCUGAUCUCAACUCUCAAACCAAUCAAGUCACUAUCUCUUCCACUAACCAACCCAAAUUCUCCACAUUUACGCAGACCGUCCAACGGAAAAACCCUUCCGUGAAAACCCUUUUGUCUAUCGGCGGUGGAAUCGCUAACAAAACCGCGUUUGCUUCCAUGGCAAGUAACCCCACUUCUCGAAAAUCAUUCAUUGAUUCUUCGAUUAGACUCGCUAGAUCCAAUGGAUUCCAUGGUCUCGAUCUAGAUUGGGAGUACCAGAGCAGUGCGACUGAGAUGAGAAAUUUUGGAACGCUACUUAGUGAUUGGCGAUCAGCGGUUGUAGCAGAGGCAAAUAGCACUGGUAUGCCGCGUUUGCUUUUGGCGGCUGCAGUUUUCUACUCCAACAAUUACUAUUCGGUACUGUAUCCGGUUCUAGCCGUUGCCGCUAGCUUGGAUUGGAUUAAUCUUAUGGCCUAUGAUUUCUAUGGACCGGGCUGGUCUAGAGUGACCGGUCCACCAGCCGCUCUGUAUGAUCCUUCAAACGCAGGUAACUACAAUAAGCGAACGAAACCAAAUAAACUGGCUCACAGCUAUUACGCGGCAACAACAGGGGCGGCGAUAUCACCCGACGGUUCGAUUGGAUACGGUCAGAUAAGGAAGUUCAUAGUGGAUAACGGAGCAACAACGGUUUAUAAUUCCACGGUGGUCGGAGAUUACUGUUACGCCGGAACUACUUGGAUAGGGUACGACGAUAAUCAGAGCAUCGUGACGAAAGUGAGAUAUGCUAAGCAGAGAGGUUUGCUUGGUUACUUCUCGUGGCAUGUUGGUGCUGACGAUAAUUCUGGUCUCUCUCGUGCAGGUUCGUCUUCGUACCACCGUCACAAGCGUGGGAUACUUAGGAGAUGGGAUGAUCGAUUCAAAAUGAGUUUUAAGGUUACCACUCUACGGACAAACUACAAGUCGAGGAGAAAUACAUAG